UCCGUCCUUACUCCAACAAAGGUUUAUCCUCCAGUCGUCGCAACCCGCUGUGCCUCUCUCACUCUGUUUCUCCAUCAUCUGGUAAAGCAAGCAGAAGCAAUCAAAGAAAGCCAUGCCGGGCCCCGUCGUCGAAGAACUUGACGUCGACAAAAAGCUUCAGGGAGAUGAGCCGGUAGUGGAGGACGUGAAAGACGAAGACGACCACGAAGACGAUGCCGACGAUUCCGACGACGAGGAUGAUGACAAAGAAGACGGUGCCCAAGGCACUAACGAGAGUUCAAAGCAGAGCAGGAGUGAAAAGAAGAGCCGCAAGGCAAUGUUGAAGCUAGGAAUGAAACCUGUUACUGGUGUCACUAGGGUCACCAUUAAGAGAACCAAAAAUAUAUUGUUUUUCAUCUCAAAACCAGAUGUGUUCAAAAGCCCAAAUUCUGAUACCUACGUGAUAUUCGGAGAAGCUAAGAUAGAGGACUUGAGCUCUCAGCUGCAGACACAGGCAGCCCAGCAGUUCAGGAUGCCGGACAUGGGCUCUGUGAUGGCCAAGUCGGAUAUCUCUGCUUCAGGUGCUGCAGUACAGGCAGAUGAAGAAGAGGAAGAGAUUGAUGAGACUGGUGUCGAGCCUCGUGAUAUCGAUUUGGUGAUGACUCAGGCGGGGGUGACGAGGUGCAAGGCUGUCAAGGCUCUCAAGGCCCACGAUGGAGAUAUCGUCAGUGCUAUCAUGGAGCUAACAACCUAAAAUUGGACCAUGGUCUUUUACCAAUUUUUGAUGCAUUCUAGUGUUAAGAGUUCGAAAUGGUGGCACCAUUUUGUUUAAUCAUUCACCUAAUAGCUAGGAUUGUCAUUUUUAUUUUUUCCCUUUUUGCGCUUGACAUUUGCGGGAUCAUCUUAGUAGAGAAAAAUAUUUGUCUGCUCAACGGCUGACUGGUCUCUGUGCUUUUUUUUUUUUUGGUGCUACUGUUGCGAGUUUGCUUAUGCAGAGCUUUAAGUUGUAAUGCUAUCAGUUUUGGUGAUUAUGGAUUUUAGUGUCUUGGCAUCUUCA